AUAGACCCAUGUUAGACAUUGGGGAUUCAUUGUGUCGUAUGUAUACGGUUAACGUCUUUAAAGAAGCAGGUCUCCCGUCGUAUGGUUGGCUGCAGAAUAUUAUAUUUCUUGUAAGGGAGCAACGAAGUUGUCAAAGGUUUCUGUCACAGUUCUUUAGGCAAUCCAGGGCCUCCGGGGUGAGGUUGUGGAUGAGUUCGUUACCUCCGAAUGAGCGGGAGGCGUACGGAUUGAUGAUGUAUUCCAGUGUGUGGUGUAUAACUUCCGCAGUCAUAGUGGGCUGCUUUUAAUCUUCCACUUGUUGUGGAGGAGAUAAGCGCAGUUACCUUGAGGUGAGAGAAGCAGAUGGAACACAUUGAGAUUCUUGGGCUCAUGUAGAGGGCUAAAUGGCUUUUUAGAAUAGGGUGAGACCGUAUUGAGAGCAACUGUGUUGUACAAGGAGAGAUUGUCUUUAAAGAACCACGUGAAGCUUCACUGACAUUAGUUGCCUACAGGGACUGUCUUCAUAUAGCCCGUUGAUGGCAGUUUAAGAUUCACGAUGAUAGCCACACGCUGGGACUGUCUCUUUAUAACCAUGUAGAGCUGUCUCCUACAGGAGGUAACUUGCUUUAUAGAACUAGGUGAGGCCCCCCUAUACAGCUUACUUGAACCUGUGCCUAACUUGCUCUGGCACUUCUUGCUCUCAGAUUAUAUUUGCGCUGUUUAUUUGAUUCGUGUGUAUUUAAUUUACGUCUGUUAAAUGCCUCUUUUUUCGUGCAAUGUUCUCGAAGGACCCUGUAUUCGUUCUCUGCAAUAUUUGAUGUGUUUUUUUUCUUGUCGCUGUGUUCACACACCACCCAGCUCCCUUCUAAAAUUGCCGGGCAACUGGCUAAACAGGAUUAUCCGUGCAACAAAUAAAAUAAGCUCAAACUCAAAACCCAUUGAUACUUCCACUUGCAGCGAGUGAUUUCUUACAUUAAACCACGUUCGUUUUUACUUUGAGAUGACCAAUUUUGAAAAAUGAAUCAUUGUCCCUUCUACCAUUGCUUGAACUGUGUGGUGCAGUGUUAUUGACUGGUCUGUGGAAUAAGAAAGUGCAGUUGUCAUGCAGAUGGGGCUCUUUGUAAACGCUCUUCACUGGAACAUUUCCCCUUGUGGAGUGCACACUGUCACUCAUUACCCUACGCUAAUGAAUGCGCAUUGGCCUAUACUUCAUUUUGUACAUGCAAAAAGGGUUUGUUGUAUAACAAUAGGUUUUACCCUUUCCUUGAAAAAUGAUUCUGUUUGGUGUUUUAACAUCUUAACACACCUGCUUUAUUGCCAGGUAGGGUAAAGCCUAUUGUUAUAUUUUGAUACUGGCAAGAAAGAUCCCGUAGGGUUUGUUGUAUUAUGUGCGGAUGAUGUCACGUGUGUUUCAUGGUGUUCCUCGUCUUGGUUAAGUGGAUGAUGUUGAGAAGGCAUUUGUUGGAAACCCAUCCAAUGAGGUUUCAGGCUCAAUCCUUUGUCUUCGCAAGUGAAAUUGGUGGUGUUGGCACACAUGCAGAGCAGUGGGAGGAAGAGAUGUUUGUGGGGUUAUCACUGAAAUAUGUUUUCAACUGAUGUAAAAAAAAUACAUUUAAACACUACCUGUGUGUGUGUGUUUUUUGGCCCCAUACUUUUUAGAAGUAAGUGCAACUGUGAGUGCAUGUGGAAGGCACAUCUUUGAGGAGUGCGAUGAAAGAUGCAGCUUUGGGAAGUGUCCCUUCCUCAACCUGGGAAAUGAAGGUUGUUGGACCAGCUGCCCCAGUCUAGGCUUGUCGCGUCCAGUUUAAUUUGCAGUCUCAAACAGUUGGGGAACACUCAUUGCUUCAAGGGGACUCUUGGAUGUUGUUUACUCAUUCAACCCACGUGACGUUUGCAAACUCUUGUCAAAAAAAUAUGGAGCGAGGGAAGCAGUAGCCACCAUCGUGAGGCGCAGCUGAUGCAAACGAAUUCACCAACAUCGGCAGCGCCGCCUUGUCCCCCACGCUCGCUGGCAUCCCACCCUGCGCCGCCAUGCUCCGGCUCGGGGCUCCGUAGUCGCGUGGACGCGCAGCGGCGAGCAGCGACGGCGGCGCCGCCACCACCAUGGGGAGCGCCUCCACCAAGUUCCGCAAGGCGCUGCAGGCGGGCGACGAGGGCCUGGCGCUGCAACUCUACUACACCAAUGUGCCGCUCGCCCAGCAGCUCGACCCCAAUGCCUCCUACGGGGAGGCCUACGACAACAACACGGCGAUGCACUACGCCACGCGGCAUGCCAUGCCCCGCCUGCUCUCGGUGUUCUUGAGGGAGAAGGAAGGCAAUCCCAACAAGCGGAAUGGCCUGGAGGAGACGGCCCUGCACUGCGCCUGCACACCGCUGGCGGUGCUCAUCGUACCGCCUUCGGGCCAGCAGGAGGAGCGCCGGCUGCUGUGUCUGCGCAUGCUGCUCGACUGGCAGGGGCCCCUGCUCGGCCCGCAGCAGCGCGAGCGCGCCAAAGUCGACGCACGCGACCACCACGGGAACACGCCGCUGCAUUACGCCGCCUGCUCCGGCAUGAAGCGCUGCGUGGAGUUGCUGGUGGUGCGUGGAGCGUCGCUGUUCGUGGAGAACGAGGACGGUGCCACCCCAUGCGACCGUGCCGAAAUAAACCGGCACUACGAGGUCGCGCUGCACUUGGAGUCACGCAUGGUGCUGGCGCAGGAUUACCCUGACGGGGAUGGGGACGAACCCCAGGAGCCGCUCGCUUCCGGUUGUCGAGAGCCGUUCGAGGGCCUCCGUGCGCAGGAGCUGCGGGAGCUCAAGGACCUGCUGAUUGUGGAGACGGCCGACAUGCUGCAGGUGCCACUCUUCACCGCCGAGGCCCUGCUGCGCUCCCACGGCUGGGACCGAGAGCGGCUGCUAGAGGCGUGGAUGUUGAACUCUGACGAGUGUUGCCAGCGCUCGGGGGUGCAGCCUCCUCCGCCACCCCCCACCGGGCAGAACAGCUGGGGCACCAUCCCCGACUCGCGGCCGCCCCUGCGCUCGCCCAUCACCCCGCCCGGCGACCUGCGACACGGGCUGAGCACGUGUGAGAUCUGCCUGGGACGGAUGCCCGAGUCUGAUCCUGUGGAUGUCCCUUGCGGGCAUCUCUUCUGUAAGAAGUGUUGGGAGGAGUACCUGAAUAUGAAGAUCCAGGAGGGCAAGGCGCACAGCAUCCUCUGCCCAGCCUAUGACUGCUAUUCGCUCGUGCCCAUUGAGACCAUCGAGGUGCUGGUGUGCAGAGAGAUGGCGCGCCGAUAUCUCCAGUUUGACAUCAAGGCGUUCGUGGACACCAACCCUAGCAUCCGGUGGUGCCCGGUGCCCCGCUGCGAGCAGGCGGUGCGCCUGGCUUUGCCCGGCGCCGCGGGCGGCUCAGCCGCGCGUGCCCACACCCCCACCGCCGUCGACUGCGGCAGCGGACACACGUUCUGCUGGGAGUGUUUGGGAGAGGCCCACGAGCCGUGCGACUGUGGCACCUGGAAACAGUGGCUUCAAAAGAUCGUGGACAUGAAGCCAGAGGAGCUGAGCGGCGUGAGCGUUGCAGCGGAGGAUGCUGCCAACUGCCUCUGGCUCAUCUCCAACUCGAAGCCAUGCCCCAGCUGCAAGUCUCCUAUUCAGAAGAACGAUGGGUGCAACCAUAUGCAAUGUACUAAGUGUAAGCACGACUUCUGCUGGAUCUGCCUGGAGGAGUGGAAGAAGCACAGCUCAUCCACGGGCGGCUACUACCGCUGCACGCGCUACGAGGUCAUCCAGGCCGUGGAGGACUCGUCACGGGACGUGGCAAACGAGGCUGAGAAGAAGCACAAGAAGUUCCAGGAGCUUGAUCGAUUUAUGCACUACUACAGCCGCUUCAAAAACCAUGAGCACAGUUACAAGUUGGAGCUGCCACUGCUGCAGACGGCACGAGCCAAGAUGGAGAUCCUGCGGAGUGCACUGGAGAACAUGGAGGGCGUGGACACCAGCUUCAUCGAGCACGCGGUGCAGGAGCUCCUGAAGACGAGGCGGGUCCUGCGCGGCUCCUACGGCUACGGCUACUUCCUGGAGCCGCACAGCACGCAGAAGGACAUCUUUGAGCUCAUGCAGAUGGACCUGGAGAUGCUGACGGAAGACCUCGCGCAGAAGGUGAACCGGCCGUACCUGCGCACGCCGCGGCAGAAGAUCGUGCGCGCCGCGCGCCUCGCGCAGCAGAAGCGGCAGGAGUUCCUGGCGUCCGUGGCGAGGGGCGUGGCCCCGCCGGACUCGCCGCCGUCUUCUCGCAGGCUCGUUGGGCGGCCGUGGGAGUGGGAGUUCCUGGGCUUCUCUUCUCCAGAGGAGUACGAGGAGGUGUUGGAGCGGCGCAGGCGUCGCAGUCGAAGAGGAGACCCUCGCAGCAGCCACAGCCACCUCACUGACCCAGGGCUCCGCGAGGAGUCGUCCACCGACUCGCCUCUGAGUGGACGGAGGGCUCGCCGCAUGGAGAGCUCUCGCUCAUUCAGCCACGUGAGCAGCCUCUCUCUGCCGGAGUACUCCCCACCCAGCCUGCCGCGCCUGCGCCGCUCACACGUUCCAGGCUUCUUGGAGGAGGAGGACGCGGACAUGCUGCUGGCCAUCCAGCUGUCCCUGCAGGAGCUGGAGCCUGCGCGCCCGCCGGCCCCACCAGGGCUCUCUCCCUCCGCGUCGCCCGGCCCCUCUGACGGCACGGACACCUGGCCCGACGGCGGCGCGCGGCUCUCCUCCUCGUUCCCUUUGACCUCUAUGCCCUGGCCCCAGACCACGGCUUCUACCCCCUCCCACGUGUGGACAGAAAUAAAGGCCGCCGCCGCCUCCGCCGAGGCGGCCGCCGUGCGGGACGACUACAGCCUGGAGUUUGGCAGUGCCGAGGGCUCCCUGGGCGGCUCGGCCACGGUGGCCGAAGAUUUGGCGGCCGGGGGCGGCUCGGACCUGCUCGACAACCUGCUGGCUUGGUUCCACGACACGCACUCGCAGCACCUUGCCUCGAUCCCCACCCUAGGGGCGGCUGCCGGGGAACUCUCCCCCGGCAGCCCGGAGAGCCAGGCCCUGCCGCGCGCAGCCGCGAGGGCCGAGCAGCAGCCCCACGGAGCGGCGGCGGCGACUGCCGCUGCCAGGGAGGGCCCCGAGGUUGGGCGAGAGGAGCCCUAUGCGGACGAGUGGGAAUACUCGGCAAGUUUACAAUUGGGCGGAGACGGGAGCGACGCGGAGGCGAGACUUGCACCGGCGAGGACCUCCUCUCCCUCUAAUGACCCAGACCUUGCACUCAUCCUGCUGCGUCUGCAGGAUCAAAAGAAUAAAUGACUCGAGUCACUUUAAAAUGGGCAGUCUUUUGUGCACGAUACACAAAGAAGCCACAACUGUCAAUUGGCUUACGACAAAAUUUUCAUCAAGUAAUCUGAAUAAUUUCAUUGUAAUUUAUUCAAAAUAUUGUUUGGUCUGUUGAUGUGUGAAGAAACAUUGACUGCAUGGUGUUCGCCACAUCACCCAUGACAAUGAGUGAUCUUGGACUUUGUAAUUAAGAGUGAACAAAUUCACUUUUUUUGUGGACCAAAUCUCUCAUCUGAAAUCUGAGUAGUGGGGCUGAGCAGUGCUGUUUGACUACCAGCGGGCACUGCUUUCUCUCCCCCUUAUACCCUGCCUUGUGAUAUUGAUUUUACCCACAGGGGUAUUUAAUUUAACUGAACUCUUGAAUUUGGUCCUAUUUCAUAACUUGGACUCUGCUUAUAAUUUUCUUUAUCGGUGUGGUUAAUGCACUUAAUCCACGGUGCAUUAUGGUUUUACAGUGGAAGUCUUUCAUUACAAAGUAAAGCAAUGUACUGUAGCGUACAAAGUGCAUGUGUUGGUGCAAAUGAAUAAGUGGAAAAUCCUUUAAUUUACAUGGCAGGGGCUUUAAUUUCAGUGCCAUCAUUACAAAUGACAGCACUUACAAAGAACAUACUAUGUUAAUUAAAAUAUCUUGUUGCAUUGCUUAUUCAGUCAUCCCCUGCAUUGGAAAUCACUGGAGCUUGGGUUAAUUGUAGUGGUGGGGUUUCGCCAGGGUUCAAGUCCUUUUAAAAGUGGUAAAUUCAAUUAUCUCAAUAUAUUUGCCAAUGUGUUACACGCACAAUGAAACGAGGGUGUUUGGCUCCUCAGCCCCUUCUACUGAUGCCGUGUUGUAUUUUUGAUACACCGUUUCCUCAGUUAAAGGCCUACUUGUAGUCGACAGGCCACAUUUAACAUUCAUUUCCCAAAGUUAAUUUGUACUAUUGGUGGUUUUGUUUCUACCUGAACUACGCAUUGGCUUUUAUAAUUUUUACACGAUUUGGUCUGCCAAAACUGGCAGGAUGGAGCAAGUUGUUUUGGCUGCAGGACCACCCACUGAAGCGUUAAUCCGUCACCUCAUUUCACAUGCGGUCGGUUGGGCCCUUUCUGAAUUCAUAUAUACACAAGGCCACCACCAUGUCCACUACCUCCACCCUGCAGCAUUCCGGUGCUGUGGACCGUUAUCUCUGAACACUGGUUGAGUCGCACAUCAAAAAAUGUUACAAAAGAAAUUGCCAAACUCUUGAGCAUCGUUAAAUUAGUAUUGAAAGUGGGACUUUCCCAGUUGAACAAAUAACCAUCCCAAAUGUUAGCAUCGACUUCGAUAUCCUUUUAUGAAUAAAAUCUACGUUUUUUUACAUCCAA